AUGUCCACUCAAUUGUUUGCCGAAGUCCAGAAGGGUGCCCCAUUGAAGCACACCGACACCGUUGACAAGUCCGCCCCACUCGUCGAGCCAGGCGUCACCAUCAAGCAGAACCAGCACGGAGCCCUCCUCAACGAGAUCUCUGCCGACCACAAGCUCGCCCACGCUGAGACCGUUGACAAGUCCGCCCCAGUCAUUGAUUCAAGUGUCCACAUUAAGGAGAACAACAGAGCCUCCCUCUUGAGCGACAUCAAGGCCAAGGGACAGUAA